AUGUCGGCGCUGAAGAAGGAAGAGGCUCCCGAAGUCUUCAGGGAGGCCAUCCUUUAUCGUGAAUGGGGCUAUCGACUUGCCAGUCUGGGCAAAUACCUCUUGGCCAUAGAUUAUUUCGAAAAGGCGUCUAAAUCAGCCGAGGCCGAGGACCUUAGAACGUUAAUCGGUCUUUAUAGAGCGCUCAUCAAGUGCACAAAAUAUUUCGCGGCAGAAAAAUUGUCGGAGAAAUGUAUGAAAAUAGAUCCCGGUCAUUAUAAAGUACGGCAGAUGCGAAUGGAGGCGCUUUUCCAGAUCGGUGAGUUCGGUCACAGUCUGGUUCACGCUUACGAGGGUAUGCGACGGCACGGGGUGACCUUUGAGCACGGCGCCUAUCAGGCAAACGAGACCAUCGAAGAUUGCAUCGGCCGGAACACGUCGCCCGUCGCGCUGCUGCUACUCUACCCGUGGAUACGGCGUUUGUGGGAGCACCGUGAGCUCCUGAUCGGCAAGUUCGAGGAGAAGGAGAACGAGCUCGAAGGUGUCGCGAAGGACGAGGUGAGAUUCAAGGUGAACGAUCCCGAAGUGCAGCGGCAAGCGCGAAUGAAAAGACUACAGCGCGUCAUAGCGAAAAUGAACAUGGGAUAUUUGACGAUUGAUAGGGAUUUUCUCGAAGAAAUCGUGAACCGACCGGAGAUCGUGGCUUCGUCGAGCAAGAGGUCGAUUACCGAGCUGCUUGCCCUUGCGAGUACGUGCUAUCGUAACGCGACGUACCUGCAGGAUCUUCUUCGCAUGAGACGGCCGUUCUACGUUACCCUCUUCCGACGACGUAAGAUUUCAAAGAGGCGCAGAAUGAUGAUGGAACAAGAGCGAAAAUUGCGAAGGAACAUCGUCGUCGUAAAGGCGGAUUUUCUCUUGCGCCUCUUGCAAGCCGCGAGGAUCAACAAGGACUAUCCGGCCUUUUUCAAACUCGUCGAUCACAUCAAGGACAGCUUCGAUGCUUACUCGGACAAGAUGUUUCCGCUAAAGCAAAAGUGUCUGGACGCGUUGUACAAAACGGUGGCUAGGGUGUACCUCGACACGCGUAAUUUAACGUGUCUGAACGAGGAAAUGAAGAUGAGAUAUUUGAAACAUCACUUGGGAAUACGAGUUGCAACGUUGCCCCGAGACAGUGAUAUCGCGUGGAUGCCAACUGUAAAUCCGAAGAAGACGUUGAAGAUAUUCCGGAGGAGAUUAGUUAUGGCAUCCGCGCCGCUCGAGCUCGCCUGGUUGCAUCAUGAAUUUUGCAAGUUUCUCAUCGACAUACGCCGCUUCGAUCUAGCCAGAUUCUACGCCAAGAAGGGACACGACAUGGCACAAAAGGCGAAUUGUGACCAAUGGGUUCUAAACAUCGAUCAUCUGAUGCUGCGACUAGAGAUCUAUCAGAAUAAUCGGAACGAGAUGAGAGACGUCGCGAUUCAAGCGCUCGCGCACGCCAGAAAGCUUAAUAUCGAUUGUCUGAUAGAUUUCUAUGAAAGGGCCAUGAGGGUCGUGGACGAGCUGGACAUGGAGCGUAGCGGCGACUUUGACGACAUCGCUGCCAGGCAGCAGCUUAUCCUCGAGCUGAUGCCAAAGGAGAUGAAGGGGGAGGUGGAUUUUCUGUGGCGGCGAAUGGACGUCGUGCCUGCCGAGAGGCGACUCUCCGUCAUGCCGGGCUGCAAGCCGAUCGAUCGAAAGUUCAAAAUGCCGUCCACGCGAAGAACCAUAUUACCCAACCCGCCGAAGGACCCGAAGAGGGACGCCAGGAUCGCUUUGUUGAAGCAGCACGCUCCGCCGCACAGGCGGCCGGGUUUCGUGAAUUUUCAAGAGUUCGAAUAA